AUGCACCGAGGCGCGCCGGGACCAGGCCUCAGGGGCCUGAAGGGGGACGAAGGCUCUGCCCAGGACUUGGGGAGCUCUUGCCUGGAGGCCGGGAGGGAUUUUGGGGUGCUGAGAGAGAACGGCAGUCCCCGCGGCCUGGGCGAGGCAGAGGAGGCGGUGGGCAGCAGAAAGCGCAGCCGGCCGGUGCGGUCGAAAGCGCGGCGCAUGGCGGCCAACGUGCGGGAGCGCAAGCGCAUCCUGGACUACAACGAGGCCUUCAACGCGCUGCGCCGCGCGCUGCGGCACGACCUGGGCGGCAAGAGGCUCUCCAAGAUCGCCACGCUGCGGAGGGCCAUCCACCGCAUCACGGCGCUCUCCCUCGUGCUGCGCGCCAGCCCCGCGCCCCGCUGGCCCUGCGGGCACCUGGAGUGCUACGGCCAGACCGCGGGCGCUGGGGACGCGGGGGACGCGGGGGACGCGAGCUCCAGCCCGCCGCAGCCUGCGCCGCCGCCCGCCGGGCCCUUCGCGCAGCGCUGCGCCUCGUGCUUCCUGCACACGCCCCUGGGACAGGCCAGGGCGGCGGCCGAGGCGCGGGGCGUGGCCCAGGCCUCCGCGGGAAGCUGGCGCCGAAGUCUCGGGGCUCCCUCUGCUUGGCCGCGGGGCCACCUGCGAGCGAGCCCCGGGCUGGGCUACCAGCACUCCUGA